AUGGUGCCGACGGCGGUGCCCAGACCUGAGGUCGAGCAGGUGUUGUGCGCUGUGGCGGAGCAGACACUUGUUGCAGGGAGGGUGUCUUCACGCACAACAUUGACAUCACUUGUUGGUGAUGCUGGAUUGGUUGCUUUUGGUAUUGAUCCUCCAAGAGGGGUGCUGCUCUAUGGUCCUCCAGGCACUGGUAAGACCAUGCUUGCUAAAGCUGUGGCAUAUCACACUACUGCUGCUUUUAUCAGAGUGGUUGGCUCGGAGUUUGUGCAGAAGUACUUGGGUGAGGGCCCAAGGAUGGUUCAGGAUGUAUUCCGCUUGGCUAAAGAGAAUGCCCCGGCUAUAAUAUUCAUUGAUGAGGUUGACGCCAUAGCCACUGCUCGAUUCGAUGCUCAGACCGGGGCUGACCGGGAAGUUCAGCGAAUUUUGAUGGAGCUACUCAAUCAAAUGGAUGGAUUUGAUCAGAUAGUGAAUGUGAAGGUUAUAAUGGCGACCAAUCGGGCGGAUACUCUAGAUCCCGCUCUGUUGCGUCUAGGAAGGUUGGACAGGAAAAUUGAGUUCCCUCUGCCAGACCAGAGGCAGAAGAGGCUUGUUUUCCAAGUUUGUACUGCUAAAAUGAACUUGAGCGACGAGGUUGAUUUGGAAGAUUAUGUCUCCAGGCCGGAUAAAAUCAGUGCUGCUGAUAUCGCUGCCAUUUGCCAGGAAGCUGGCAUGCAUGCUGUCCGCAAGAAUCGGUAUGUUAUCUUCCCAAAGGACUUUGAGAAGGGUUACCGAACGAACGUCAAGAAGCCUGAAACAGACUUUGACUUCUACAAAUGA